AUGCCGGACAAAAUGCGCUCGAGACGGGGCUCCUCGGUGGGGGUGUUUGUGUUGGGGGACGAGAUCUGCGACACGGACGUGGCCGGGUCCACGAUGGUGUUGGAGGCGGUGCGCCUGGUGCUCCCGCUAUUUAGUCCGGAAAACGGGGUGUCGUGGAAUUCUAUGAGGUCGUCUGGUUUGGGGAAUUGGUCCAACGACAGGGCGCCCUGGCCGAGCGUGGUGAGAAUGGAGGUCUUGACGGGCUUGAACUCGAUGUUCUCGGCGGGGGACUGGGUGUGCUCGGGCGACUGCGGCUGGGGUUCCUCUACAGGAGGUGGGUCAGGCAAACUCGUUUGGGAGCGCAAAUUGAACGAGUUCAUGAUGCUGGUGAGCAACCCCCCUCCGUUCCUGUCUCUGUGGGACGAGUGGGUGGACUCGACCGAGUCUGCCGGGUCCUGCGGCUGUUUUGGCUGGGUGGGAGGAGGCAGCAAGCUUCUGGAGGAGGCAAUAUCCACGCCGUCGAACUCGUCGUCGUCGCUGUCGUGGCGAGUGUGUUCGCGGAUCUUGGACUUGAUGCGAGAAAUGGAGUCGUUGGGCACGACGGGGGAAAUUGAAGGCAGAGCAAUGGACGAGCUGGUGGAGGUGGUAUCUAUACGGGGGACCUGUUUGGACGCCCUGCUGGGGGUGGAGGCGGAGCUAGACACAGACGACUGGCUCUUUCUGUUUUUGAGCAGCGACUUGAGUCGGAAACUGGCUCCGCGGGACGCAGACUUGGAAGUGUCAGAAGGCAUCCAUGAAGUUUGGAGAUUAAAAUUUUAG